AUGGAUCUUCAGAGUGUCCUGGAAAAGUGUGGAAACUUUGGUCCAUAUCAAAUCCUUCUGUUGGUUCUCUAUGGAUACGCUAAUAUAGUGUCAUCCUUGCACUAUUUUUCACAGACUAUAAUAAGCUUUACGCCAUCGCACAGAUGUUCUCCACCCUUGGACGACUUUCCAAAGAAUUCUACCGAACUCAUGACCUGCAAUAUUAUCCAGUACACUGAAGAUAGAUCCUCUUUUCGGGAGUACAAAUGCUCCUCUUGGGAUUUCGAAAAGGAAAGUAACUAUGAGAGCAUUACCACCGAGCUCGGUUGGGUCUGUGAUGAUGCCUACAAGUUGGCGGUGGGUCAAUCCUUUUUCUUCAUUGGCUCUGCUCUGGGCAGUAUAUUCUUCGGCUAUUUGGCCGAUCGGAUUGGACGACUACCCGCCUGCGUGUUGUCAACUUUAACAGGAGCAUCUGGUGAUUUCUUCACUUCCCUCGCAGGAAGUCUUCCAUUGUUCUCCUUUACACGCUUCCUUUCAGGACUUUCUAUGGAUACCCAGUACGUCCUGAUGUACAUUUUGGUUUUCGAGUACUUGAGCCCACAACACCGCACAUUUGGACUAAAUAUUACACUGGGCAUCUUCUACUGCUUUGGCCUGGUGAUCUCACCUUGGAUGGCCAUUUGGUUGGGAAACUGGCGCAGUUACCUUUGGGCAGCUUCUCUGCCGGGCUUAGGAAUGCUGAUUUUUCCUUUGUGUCUCCACGAGAGCGCCGAAUGGCUUCUGACCAAAGGAAAAUUCGAGAGGGCGGUGAAAAACCUUCGAAGCAUUGCCAAGUUCAAUGGACGUCAGGUUGAGGACUCUGUGUUCGAGGACUUUGUUCAACACUAUCGCAAGAAGUUGAACAACCCACAAAAUACACCAACGGACACAUUUAUGGGCAUGCUGAGAACACCCAGAUUGAGAAAGUUUACUAUAAUACUGUUUAUCAAAUCGAUGAUCGUCACUAUGGCAUUCGACAUUUUGAGUCGCAAUGUGGAAGGCGGUCCCGCUGGCCUCACCAUUAUCCUGUUCCAGAACAAAAUCGGUAGAAAAGGCAUGGCCUGCGCCUCGCUUUUUAUGGGUGCCAUAAUCACGGCGGCCACUGGUUAUUUGGUUGGCACUUUAGACCCGGCAAACCACUCCGCUCUCCUCGGAUUCAUGGUGUGCCUGGCCAGAUAUGGAGCAGUGGUGGUCUACGAUGCGGAGGGUCAGUAUGCAGCUGAGAUUAUGCCGACGAGUGUUCGCGGUCGAGGAGUGGCCAACAUCCACGUGGUGGGAAAUGCCUUCGCAUUCUGCAGCUCGUACAUCAUCUUCUUGGGGACUUUCUACAAGCCGCUGCCAUCGCUUCUGCUCAGCUUUGUUCUACUGAUCGGAGGUUGUUUGUGCCUGGCCCUUCCCGAAACCUUGCACAAGCAACUUCCACAGACUUUGGAGGAGGGCGAAGAAUUUGCCAAGGGCGAAAAAUGGUAUUUCUUUCCCUGUUUCUCGCGCAGAGAGCAAGCAAAUAAGCACGAACCCCAACUGGAGUCAGCUAAUCAAACUAUAAAUUAG